AUGUCCAUUGUAGGAGCUCUUGCCUGCCAAAAAGAUUCCUACCUCAAAUCUCUUGCUACAACAGUGGUCGCAUGCCAUAAGAAAGGAAGCAAGUACGAGGUAGAACUAGAGGAUACAGUUUUGUUCCCAGAGGGUGGCGGUCAGCCAAGUGAUACCGGCAAGAUCUCAUCGGGAAGCGACGUUCUGGAGGUCGAGAGUGUGAUUAGAGCAGGUCUGAAAGCUUUGCAUCUUGUGGACAAGCCUCUAGAGAUGGGGGCUUCUGUGACUUUGAGUGUGGACUGGGAAAGACGGUUCGACCAUAUGCAGCAGCAUACGGGCCAGCAUCUUCUUUCUGCUGUGUUGGACAAGCGGGAUCUGCCCACACUCAGCUGGAAUAUGGGAGAUGUGAUAAACUACAUUGAGAUUCCUCGCAAGCUGACAGACACUGAGCGUGAGGAGGUCGCAAAAGAAGUGAACUCGCACAUCACUCAGAAUUUGCCGAUCUCAGUCGAAGUGCCGCCAGAUCGCGAGGUCGACGAAGUGAAAGGUGUGAUGAGAAUCAUCCACAUCGGCGACCUGGAUGCCAAUGCGUGCUGUGGCACUCACUUGAAAAGUUCUGGACAGAUCAAGGGGAUUGUUCUAUUGAAUCAAAUAGCUGGAAAAGGAGGCAACUCACGACUGAAUUUCAUUGCUGGAGACAGAAUAUUCAAGUUCGCAGAGUCGUCGCACAGUAUUCUGAGAGCCUUGAGUUCUGCCACUUCUGUGCAAAGCGAGCAGUUGGUGGACAAAGUCAGCAGUUUGGUGACUGCCACCAAAAAAUUGCAAAAUAGAGAGUCGUCAUUGCUGAAGGAGCUGGCGGUUUUGACGGCUGCGGACUUGAAGACCAAAGCUGCCGAGAAGAAGACCGUGUUUUUCCAUAGAGCGGAUGUGGGGCUUGACUUUUUGAACCAGAUGUUCAAAGAGCUAAAAGAUCAGCCUGGUACUUUUAUAUUGUUAUCUGGAGAAGGAAAAGACGGAGGUGCGGCGCUGAUUUUUGGCGAGGACACAGAGCAGGUGAGCAAGGAGCUCAAGGAGCAAUUAUCUGGCCUUAAGGGUGGAGGCAAAGGUAAAUUCCAGGGAAAAGUGUCUGCGUAUGGCAAAGGCGAGCUUGAGGCUCUGAAGCGCAAAUGGACAUAA